AUGUGGCAGCAAAACAGUCAGUUUUAUAUCUUCAAUGACACGAAGGUCUGUCCCCCGAUACAGGCGUCGCUCCAAAAUAUGUUUGAAGAUAAAAUGGGAAUGACAGUGACGUCAGGAAGUGUGUCGCUCAGCAAGGAUGAGAAGAAUCUUAUAGGAAUUAGUAUAGGAGGAGGGGCUCCUUUGUGUCCAUGCUUGUAUAUAGUGCAGAUCUUCGACAAUACCCCAGCAUCAAAAGAUGGUACAUUACAAAGUGGUGAUGAGUUAGUUGGAGUCAAUGGACAAACAGUUAAGGGGAAGACCAAAGUGGAAGUCGCCAAGAUGAUACAAUCUGCUAAGGAUGAAGUGACAAUAAACUACAACAAGCUCCAUGCAGACCCCAAACAGGGUAAGUCUCUGGACAUAAUCAUGAAGAAGAUGAAGCACCGCCUGGUCGAGAACAUGUCUUCAGGAGCUGCUGAUGCUUUAGGCUUGUCCCGAGCUAUUCUGUGCAAUGACACCCUGGUGGCGAAGCUGAACGAGCUAAGGGAAACUGAGGGCACUUACAAGAGGCUGGUUGAGAAUGCUAAGAGGAUGCUAAAGGCAUACUUUGAUCUCUUACAAACAUACAAAGCAGUUGGUGAUAUUUUUGCUGGGAUUGGAGUGCGGGAACCCCAAGCUAGAGCUUCGGAAGCCUUCACCAAGUUCGGACAGUACCAUAGACUGUUGGAACGAGAUGGGAUUAAAAUGCUGAAGGCUCUGAAACCUAUUUUGUCGGAUAUGGGCACAUACUUGAACAAAGCUAUUCCCGAUACGAAGCUCACUAUUCGUAAAUACGCGGAUACCAAGUUUGAGUACUUGUCUUAUUGCCUGAAAGUGAAAGAGAUGGACGAUGAAGAGUACGGAUACAACGCUUUACAAGAGCCUUUGUACAGAGUGGAGACCGGAAAUUACGAGUACAGGCUGAUCCUGCGCUGCCGCCAGGACGCGCGCGGGCGGUUCGCGCGCCUGCGCUCGGACGUGCUGGUGAAGCUGGAGCUGCUCGACAACAAGCGCACGCAGGACGUCGCCUACCAGCUGCGCCGCUUCGUGCGGGGCCUCGCGCUCUACCACAAUGAGACGGUGGAAUACCUGACAGAAAACGCCACUCUGUUCCCAGUUGAAGUGGACCUCUCACAGAACGCGUUCCAGUACAAGUCUACACAAAUUAUUCAGGACAACGAAGAAGAAGAAAUAGAAUUUGGCAAAGAGAUCCACGAAUAUCACGAUAUAUCUGACAUUGACAACAAGGAGCCGAAACCGGUCAAUCGCCGACAAAAUAAAGACAACGACGACACGGACUCCUCACAACAACUCCUGCCAGACUUUGACAACGCCGAUAAGUUUGACAACGUGGCUUUUGACAACACUGAAAAGUCUGACAAUGUGGAUAAUUUGACUUUGCUCACAGAACUUGGGCUGGCUGACACCAAUGUUCAAGAUGAUUUUGGAGAUUUCCAGAAUGGGUUGUUGGAUGAGUUCCUGCCGAGGGGCAGCGCCGUAGAUAAAACUGAUAUUUUUGAUAAGUUAUUGAGUGAUUUAAGUGUUGGUGAAUAA